AGAGUAGAGCUGCUGCUGCACACAGCUGAAAUAAAGAGAGGCAGACUAAUGGAGACAAGAAGAGCACAACACUGCCAGCAGAAGAUCUAAAACUUCCAUAAGACCUCAUCUGGAGACGGAUAUCGAAGUCAAUAUGGAUAUAAAGACUGAAAACGCCUCCAGAAGCUUCACACCAGACAUCAGCUUGGAGAAAUUACACAAAAUGGCUGCGGAGCUGAUACUGCCAGGAAAAUUCCUCCUCAGGCUCCUGAACGCCACUCUGGUGUUAGUGACAGACUUACUCGCCAGAUUUUUAGGAAGCAACCUCGUCAGGAGACAUUUCCAUCUGAUGCUGUCCAGUUUGGUUCUGUUUGGUCCUCUGUUAAGUUUUUGGGUUUCAAAGUACAACGUCUUUGCCAACAGCAACCACUACCUGUACAGGUGAGAUGUCAGGAAACCCUGGAGUAUUGGAGUUGACUAUUUAGUUGAAACGUCAAUGUCACAAAGUAGAAUGUCUCUUUACCUUUAUUGUGCCUUUAUUGUAAGAUAUUUUCAUGGUCUCUAGCUUGAUUAUGAACAGCUUAACUAAUGUUUAAUUUGGGUUUUUCUACAACAGCCUUAAUCUGGUAUGAUUAAGUAUAUGUGUGCCAGUGUUUACCAUCAGUAAAGAGUGCACUCUAUGUGAAUUAGUGGAAAAAUAACUCGUUUCCAAGUUCUCAUCAAAAGAGAAAAGAAUGUUUUUUGUUCUUACAUUUUAUUUUCUAACACAGGAAGUUCCUUAAAUCCACUUGGGGUUGGACUAGCAUCUUCUCAGGCUCAUUCAUCCUUCUCCUCUCCACCUCAGCCCAUCGACCCCCUUCACUCCUCCUCAGCCACCUCUCCCGGAUAGGGAUCGCAGGGGUGUUUUGGUGGGGGUCUAAGUCUAUCCUGACCCUAUUAGAGAACGCCUCAGGAACUUGUUAUGAACCUUUGAAACCUGACCAGGCUACCCUAGGAACUGCCUCGUCAGAACAGCCUCUGCUGCUCCUGCAUGAAGACCAGACCAAGGCCUCCUGCCUCCGAGCAAACAUGAUAUGGAGAGGUUAUGAAGUCUCGCAGGAUGUUCUCAUCCUCUGCUUGUGCUGCCUGCUGCUCGUUGAGGAACUGUCCGUCUUUGGCUCUCAUCUGGCUAAAGCAAAGUCUCUGCAGAGAAGCCCUGGUGGGCCGUUAAGGUUUAUCUUCCUCCUCUGUGUAACUCUUUUUGCUCUUUGGUUGUUCCUGCUGCUGAGUUUGCUGGCAAACUUUCCUCAGUUCCCCUCCCAGCAGCUGGGGGGAGCUCUUGCCUACCUGGGAUGGAGAGGACUAUAUCAGGGAUGGUACAGACUCAAACCAGGCUGGGGCUGCCCUGGUUUACCAGGAGAAGAACAUUAAACCUCAACAGACACUGAAAAGCUUUCUCAGUAGUAAGGACUCCUCAAUGGAUGAUUUUAAUAGGCGGGUGCAUUUAAAUAAAUAAAUAAAAG